UUUGUACGUGCUAAGUCCUUGUUUGCUAGCAGGUGAUUAGCCUGGCUUGUUUGUUUAGCAACAAGCUAUCUGGUGUGUUUUCAUCACCUGCUUUGAUAUGCACAUGUCAGUGUGAGCGUAGACUAAUCUCUAGACUUGUCUUGUGCAAUUUAGUCAAAGAUUAUUGACUGUUUGUCAAAAUGUAUUUGACUUAAUUAGCUCGCCAGUGCUACCAAACCCUGAACUUAAACAGCAGCGUCACAUCAUUGGAGGCCUUAUGCUCCGUCUGACAGAUCUAGACAUUUACCAGGAAUAUUAGAUUGUUCAUUUGAAUCUUACUAGUUACGUUUGAUAGAAACUGUUUAUAGAUUCGUCCUCUUCCUCUGACUCAGCGUAACGUGCUACGUGAGUCCCUGAUUAUGGCCACUGGAAGUCAUGUUGGAAGUAAUGCAGAAGUCCACAGGCUCAAGCAGGCCCAGCCCCAUGAUCUUCUCAAACGUAUGCUUUGUUCUGGAGAUGAGAGGAACAUGAGGGAGGUGGAUUAUACACUUAAGGACGAAACCGAUCAAGAUAGAUUUCCAGUGGGCCGUUGUGUGCACAAAUACAGCAAAGCGAAGCGAGCGGUGGUUAGCAAGAAGAAAACGCGUCACUCUGGGGUGGGAACAAGAGUAUGUUGGAGAUCGCCCUCCACAAGCAGGACAUCUGACAUGGCUAACAAAGAAAAUGAACUGACCUGUGCUGAUGACAUGCAGGCUAUUCCAUACAGUGACAACUGUGGGUUCCCUGUGAGCUCAACAGACACCUCAAAAAUGACAGGAGCUGGCUCCAAAUACAGUGAUUAUUUCACUGAGUUAUCAAAGGAGCAUGAAGUAAUGACUCAUGUGCUCUUUGGAAGAAAUCUGAGACUGAACGUUGCUUUGACUCUUUGGCGGAAGAACGCAAGUGAACUAGUUGCAUAUUUGAACAGAAUACAAGACACAGGGGUGCUUGUUGAUUGUUUGCCUGUACUUACUAAAAGUCUUCAGGAAGAACAGCCGUGUCUUUCAAUAGGCUGUUGUGUUGACCUCUUACCACAAGUGAAAACUAUUCUUAACACUAAAUACGAAGAACACCUCAUUGUAGCUUUACACUGGGUUCAAUCUAUCAUUAAAAAAUGGUGGUCUGAGCUCUCCACAAACAACAAAGGCUUGCGUGAUGGCUUUUCAAAUGACAGCAGGAAUGUUCAGGCAAUGAAGACGAUGCUUCUUGAACUGUGGGAGGGGAAGAGACAUUUAUGUUCAGUUCCAGGAACUGUAGGAGAGACCGCAAAGGUCAUAGAAUCAUAUGUGUCACAACUGCGCUGAUGUAUCAUUGUAGCACACUAUUGAAGAUAACCACUACAAACUCUUGUUGCAUUUAAGCUCUUUGAUUGGCUUGGAGCUGGUGAUUCUGAAGCCCAGUAGGCUGUGGUGGAUUGUGGAUAGAUGAACUGAACAAUUCAGACACUCCCAAUUCUUCCUGCAGGCACUGAAUGACUGCUUCACAUUGAAGUGGACUUGCUUGGGGACACAUAAUCAACUCCAUGAGACUCUCUGGAAUCAGGCAACUCACUGAAGUGCCAAGCAGAAGUUUUAACUGUUGCACUUGUAGUGCUAUGGUGUGAAUCUGCUCAAGUGUAUGUGAUUGUAAGUGUACCUUUAUGAGAUGUUUUUUCUCUCUCUCUCUCUUUCUCAGUCAUGCACUUGAAUUGCAGGAGUUUUAAGUUAUUAAGUGUGUUGUUGUCCAUUGCCUGAUCAUGAAUGGAUAUUUGAGUGUAAUGUGUACAUAGUAGUCGUCUUUUAAUCAACUUUCAAAUAAAUUUACAUAAACAAA